AACAACAACAAUAACAAUAAUAAUAACAACAAUAAUAAUAAGGGUAACGACAACAACAAUAGCAAGAGUAACAACAACGACAAAAUCUAUCGCAAAUCGAUCAGAAUGACUGCCGCAGUAGACAGCAAUGUCCUGUCGCCGUUUUUAAGGGAGAAACUGGUUUAUAACCACGACGCGGCCAAAGAAAACAAUUCCUUCAGGAACUUUGACAAAUGUGACUCCGAUUCCCAGGUGUACAACACCUACAAGCAAAUGCACACGUUUCAAACUGUCGACUUCGUGAAAGAAUCCCACGGCCGGUGGACCAAAUUCGAUCACGCUGAAAUGUCCAUAAUGGAAGCUCUGGAAAUGUUAAACAACUUGGUGGAUGAGUCCGACCCGGAUAUCGAUCUCAGUAACUCUUUCCAUGCGUUUCAAACAGCAGAAGGAAUCCGUAAAGAGUACCCCGACGAAGACUGGUUUCAGUUGACGGGACUCAUACAUGACCUGGGUAAAGUUAUGGCCCUGUGGGGUGCACCGCAGUGGUCGGUGGUUGGUGACACCUACCCGGUCGGCUGUAGACCAGCUCCUUCGGUCGUUUAUGCCGACAGUACUUUCAACGACAACCCCGACUUUAACAACCCAAAAUACAACACGAAACUCGGUAUUUACGAAGAACACUGUGGUCUGAGUAAGGUACUCAUGUCUUGGGGCCACGAUGAGUAUAUGUACCAAGUACUGAAACACAACACUUGUUACUUACCCGAGGAAGCUCUCUGUGUUAUUAGAUACCAUUCUUUCUACCCGUGGCACAGCAGUAAUGAUUAUGGUUACCUGUGUGACAACAAAGACCAGGAAAUGUUGAGAUGGGUACAAAAUUUCAACCCGUUCGAUUUGUAUACCAAAUCACCCGUCAUUCCGGAUGUUGACGAAAUCCGACCAUAUUACGAAAGAUUGAUUGAAAAAUAUAUCCCGGGUAAACUAAAAUGGUAAUUUUUUUUUUUGUUUGUUUUGAAGAAAAAGAAACAUUAUAACAAAUGAAAUUGCUUAACUAUUUUGUUGUAAAUACAUUCAAAAGAUGUAUUUUGGUUGCAAAAGGGGGGAAAAAUGAAAAAAACCCAAAAAAAACAACAACCUCGGAACAACAAAGAUCCGAGUGAACAACCGAAAGUCAAUUUAAUGGGAAAUUAAUGAAAGGAGAUAAAGAUGGAUAAAGAUUUUUAAAAAAAAGGGUUUUUAAAAAGGCAAGAUUUAAAGCGAAAUUCAAGAAAGAUUUAAAAAGGAAAAAAAAAAAUGAAAUGCAAAAUGUCUGGGACCCCUUCGAUGUA